UAUGAAAAACACUGCACACAAUACAGAUACGCUAGCAUAGGUCUGCGCGAAUGGCUAUUUGAUUGCAUACGCUAAUGUGAUUAAAAUGUUCAACUAUCAGCACAAGCAUCGUGUCAGUAGAGCUUAUGUUUACAUUGAAAAUACUAGUUAUUAUUGUUAUCAAUUCAUACUCGUGUGAUUUAAGGUGGGUUGACAAAAUGGCUAUUCAUAAUAUGAAACAAGCACUUCGACUAAUUGUUUUUUGCACAAUAUUUACCCUAACGACGUUUGUUCAAUGGAAUGUAAUGAGUCAGCCUUUGUAGAUGGAGAAAUAUCUAUUUUGAAUUCAGGUAAAACUAAUUUCGUUUACUAGGUUUACUAAUACUCUUUUAAUUAUUUCAAAAAAUCAAAAAACAAGUAAUUCAAUUGUGUCGAAAAAGUCAGUUGCAUUUCAGUUUUUAAGGUGUGAACGUCUUACGGAAAAAAGUAAAGAAAGUUGUUGUAAUUGAUUUUCUUGAACCAAACACGGUGUGAUCGUUGACGUUUUAUUCGAACAGACAAGUGCAGUGAAGAUGAAAAUUAAAACUAAUUGCCAUUGUGAGGAUGCUAAAAGCCAAAAUAAUAGAAAAGAAUCGAAGCAGAAUGAAGACAAAGAUCGAAAUAAAAGAAACGGUGCUGUUGAUACUGCUGAAGAAGUGAAUCUACCCGACAUAAAAGAUGACUUACCACCAAGCAUUUUCAAGCUCGACAUCGAUUGCUGCGAAGAACUGUUCGAAUAUCUGCCGCUAAGAGAUCUACACUCGCUUGGCCAAACGUGUAAGAGAAUGCAUCGAUUUACCGGAUAUUUUGUUCGAGAGAAUUACAAGUCGACGUGGUUUCAAUGGGAGAAUGGAAACUUUACCCAAUUUUGGCCCGACGAAGGCAACAUGAAUGGUUUCGUCGAAUUUAUUUCAAGACUAAGAAUUAUGAGCGACACCUUGAAGAGAUUCGCACAAUUCGUACCGAAAUUCAAAUCGAUCAAAGAACUGAAAUUGGAUUUAAACGGCGGUCAAAUUGAUUGCAUCCAAGGAAUUUUGCCAAAAUGCGAGAAAAUUUAUUUAUCAAUUUAUCGUGAUAUGUUUGCCGAUGAUUUAUACGAUUUAUACGGGGAUAUUCUCAUGUUUUGUACAAAUUUAACGCAUUUUAAAGUGAAUGUGAAUAGUAUUAGUGAUGUUAGCUUUGAAAACGAUAACAAUUGGAUGCUUCAUGAAUAUCCGAAACUAGAGUACCUCGAUUUACACUCAAACACAGCGGUGAAGCCACCGAUUGGUAUGAUCAAAAGAUUUUUUGCACUUAAUCGAGGAAUUCGACGUUUUCAGACGAAUGUUGCAUGUCUGUGGGAUAUUCGCCAUUGGCUCUUGAACACUAACAUUAAGCUGGAUGAACUUUCAGUUAAUUGUUUGCACCUAAAUUCGAUCGAUGAUCAGCUGAAAAAAGGACUUAUCGAUUUAUUGAAUACACUCUAUGAACGGGGCUUCUAUAAACGUUUAUCUUUACACGAUAUGAGUGAUUUUGAAUGCGAUAGAUUAGUCACGACUCGCAUACCACCCGCAAUAUAUAUGUUCAUAUGUGCAGGCAUUUCCUCGGCAUUUCCACCAUUGAAUAUAAAAGAAUUUGGAAUAUUUGCAAUAGACGAUGCCGAUGAUUUGGAAACAUUUUUGGCAAAUAAUAUUUCGACUAUCGAACGGAUCAAAAUUCAGUAUUUGAAAACCUUUGACAAUAUAUUAUUUGCCAUUCGAAAGUCAAAAAAUCUCAGAGAAAUUAACAUUAAAUUCUUAGAUAACAAAUAUUCCUUGGAUUUGAUAACAUUGAACAAUGAAAGAGAAAAGCUGAUCGGUGCGAGCAACGUGACGAUAAACUUGAGUAGACACAAUUAUGAUCCAAAAAUGAAAAUGACACAUUUUGAUUUAGUUAGGAUCAAAUGCAGCAGAUGAAAUCAAAUUUAAAUCAUUCUUUUAAUUUUCUUUUUUUUUCGGUUCAGAAUUUUUCAACUAGAUGAGAGUUUUUUUUUAUCGAUUCGAAUCCUUCUGUGGGUGAGAUUGAGAGUUAGAGACUCACUCACUUUGUCCGCAGCAAUAUUAUAUAUAGAACACCUUAAGUUCCAUGCCACCAAUCGGUUAUCACUUAUCAGUUUUAUGAGAACGUAGAAAACCGAGACAAUCCGAGACAAACAAAUCAAAGAAAAAUCAUACUGUUCUUCUCUCAAUCUCACCCAUGAAAGUUUAAUUGUUGAAAUUGUUUAAAUUGAUUCUUCUUCACUUAGUAAGAUGCAUUCUGUGAAGUUUUUUGUAAACUUUAUACCAUCGAUAUUGUUUGAAUGAAUACCUACAUAUUUUUAUGCAAAUGAUUGUUAUUGGUGAUCAUGAUUGGUUUUCAAUUACUUUAUGGCGAAAUUUUUCAAUAAAGAAAGAAAAUUCUGUAAUGUUUGGCUUCAUUUUAUUUCGAACAUAUGUAUUUAUUUAAAGCAGUAUUCAAACUUUUAAUAAAAACUUCACUUUUUCAAUGCAAAUACGGUUUGAAAACGCAAAAUUAAAUAGAAAACGGUAAGAAAAAAAAGAAGGCUUCUUUUAUUUCGAUUUAGUUUUAUUGCAAUUUAAAAAUACUGUUGUCACUGUUGGACUUCAAUCUUCGGAAGGUCUAAUGAUGGAUAAGAUUAGACAAAUAGGUCGAUAUAUGCAAAAUAUGUCCUAUAUUAGUUUCGCCAGUAAAAAUUCUUUAUGGCCUCUUAUCGACACGACAGGUAGUAGAACUAUAUGUCCAUAUUUGGUUAUACCACGUCAUAAAAUAUGCAGGGGAAUAAUUUUCUCAUUUUAAGGUGUUUCCUCUGCCAAUACAGAUGAGACAGAAUCAGUUGCAUUUCAGUGUUUGAAUCGAAAACAUCUUACAUAAAAUAUUUCAAAAAUUUUCAGAACUAUUUUUCUGUUGGAUCAAAAAAUUGUGAACAUUUACCUUGUUUAUUUCGUCAAUUAAAAUGGAUCGAAAUCGUCGCGAAGAAGGAGAUAAAAUCAAUGCAAAGAGAUUGAAACUAAACGAAGGGAAGAUGAAAUGAACAGUUUAAAUGCAAAUGACUAGACACCUAAAGGUAAACGGGAAUGGAACGUAUUUCCUUUUUCACUACCCCCUGUGUCUUAUAUAAAAUCUGGAUCUGUACAACCUGUUUGAAUUUUUAUCUUUGGGUAAUAUUCGCAAAAGAUCAUUGAUCUACGCGACGGUUCUGGUCUUGGACGAUUAUCACGCCCUUGACCAAAACCCCCAUUCUAAUCCAUACAUCCAUACAAACAAAGGGGAAGUUCCACACGUAUCAAUGGUCACACUUCCGACAUUGGGAUUAAAACAAUUUGAAUUUUAUUUCAUACUUGAUUCUAAUAAUCUCGAAACUCUUCUGGCAAACAAUGUUUCGACUAUCGAGCGGAUUAAAGCAGAUGGUUGUUAUUUCUUACAUAUAUUAAAUUGGGUGCAGACAUUGAAGAACCUGAAAGAAAUUCAAAUUGGUUGGGUCUUCGGACGAUAUUUCGAUGCGGCAAGAUUGAGAGAAGAACGAGAAAAUUUAGUCGGUGCGAGCAGUGUGACGAUUUACAUAAAAAAAGUCAAAUUAAUCCAAUAAUGGAAACGACUGAUCCUGGACUGGUCAAUAUCAAAUGGAAUAAAUAAAAUUCAAGGAAAUUCUGAUCAUAUUCAAAUAUCUUUACCGCGAUUCCUUUGUUAAAGUCAUAUUCAGAAUAUAUUUUUUCAGCCAA